AUCAAGUUCACACCUUCAGGCAUUAAAAAAUCUCGUAUAGUAUUAACACCCCUAAAACCCUAAACUUUUCUGGCGUCGACCGGAAAAUACUGUAGAAUCUGGGAUACGAGAUUGGUGGUACGGCGAUGGCAGCAGCGGCGGCGGAGGAAAUCGAUUACGAGAGCGAUCCAGAGGAGGCGAAGCUAUUGGUGAAGAUGCGGAGGCGAGCGGAGGCGAGCGACGAUGAGGCGGAGAAUGGAGGCGAAAUCGUGGAAAAACCGCCGCGUGGGGUUGAGACCGAUGAUUCAGAUGGUGCAUCUGAGGGCGCCGCAGCGGAAUACGAGGAAGACUAUGAUUUGGAUGAGUAUGUGGAGGAGGUAGAGGAGGCCAAUGAUGACGAGGAAAGUGGCAGUGUGAAAGAGUUUGCGGCAGUGGUGGGAAUAGGUGAUGCAGGGGAAGAUGGAGGCCUCCCGGAGGAGGAGGAGGAGACGAGGGUGAAGAGUGACACUGGUGGUAUUAACGAGGAUAAUUUGAAUAUUGAGGAUAGGGAACCUGAAGGCGAAAAGAAGGAGAUGGAGCCCUAUUCCGUGCCUACAGCUGGGGCAUUCUAUAUGCAUGAUGAUAGGUUUCGGGACAGUGCUGGUGGACGAAACAGGCAGAUGCUUGGAGGAAGAACGUUAUGGGAGUCAAAAGAUGAUAGGAAAUGGGGACAUGAUAAGUUUGAGGAGCUAACUUUGCCGGGAAGGACACGUGUAGAGCAUAGGAGUGGUCCGCGUGGACGUAAUCGAGGUCGUGGCCGAAAUAGAUUUGCCCAAGAAAAUAGACCCAGAGAACUCACUAGUAAUGGCACCCAGCAUAACAACAAUCAGGACAGUGCACCUAAGAGCUUUAGGGGAAGAGGACCUCGAAGGUAUCAACCAUCCUCUAAGAACAAGGAGCCUCUCACCCAUGUGAAACAACAGUCGUGGAAAUCAAAAGAGAAAGCUUCAUAUGUUGGUUCUGAAAAAACCAGUGAAUCUACAUCUAGUUUGGGGCCUGAUACGGUGUUGCCCAGGAAACAAAUUCUUGCAUCCAGUUUGAACAUUGCUUCUCCUCCAUUUUAUCCAUCUGGUUCAUCCACAAAAGGAAAUAGUGGCCCCAAAAACGGGGAUUUUCAAGCUGGUGCAUUUAAUCGGCGUAGUCAGCCAUCAGCGGUCAGUUUAGAUAAGCUUUAUAUUGACGAUUCACUUUCUGUUACUGCUGGGAAGUCUGCAAACACUGUGCCAGUGCCUUCAUCUAGUCCAACUAUGAACUCUGGUCGAGGAAUAAGAGUGGCUCCACAGAAUCAAGUCAACGGGGUAAAUUCAGUGAACCAGCUGCAGGCAGUUCAGGGGAAACAUAGUCAAAGUCGUGCUCAACCUUCUGCGCGGUUUACACCCCAUGGAUCACGAGCUUCUUCCCCACCAAAAACCAGUAAGGCUGGGAAUGCAGUUGAACCGCUAGAAGCUGAAUCAAACAGAUCCAAGACUGCAUGGGUCCCUAAAGGGCAAGUUAUCACUCAUGGCAGUGGAAGGGGGUCCUUCUUGUAUGGCGCAGCACAUGUUACGGGGGCCUCUGGCAAUAUAGGCAGUGGUCAUGGAGAUCCAAAUUUCCCGGCUUUCUUGCCAGGGUCUGUAUGGAGAAUUUUAGCUAGUUCUUGUUUUGAGAUGCCUAUAUUAUUCUGGCUUGUAACAGGAGCUGUCAAUGUCCUUCUGGUGAUGCAGUUUGGUGGUCAGCAUCCUGGAGGAAUAGGAGUUCCUGCAGUGGGCAUGGCCUUCCCUGGAUAUGUUGGUCAACCACAGCUUGGUCGAGGGAGCUCAGAAAUGACCUGGCUACCAAUUCUAACUGGUCCUGCUGGAGCAAUGGGGGCGAGAUAUGGUCCCGCCUUUGCUGUUGAUGGUUCGUAUGAAGGUCGCUCAUCUGGACAAAUAUCUUCCGUAAAUUCUGCUUCAAGUAAUUUGUUUUUGGUUGAAUGGAUGAGGUUUCUUCAUGUCACCUAUUUUUUGUCUGUAACAAAUAGUAAGCCCAAAUACUCUUAUUUCAGUAAAGAACAGAAUACAACAAAUGUUGGGGGUGUGAUGGAGUCAGCACAGAAACCAGAGGCAAAAGAAUCCUCGCAGGCAAGUGGGUUUUCUUUAAUGCAGCAUACCGAUAAAAUUGAGAUUCCUUCUACUGAUGAAGUUAUGGUUGAUUUGCAGAUAUACAGAGAUGAAAUUUUGACCAGUGAACUAUUUGCCAAGCCAGAUUAUUUCAGAAAUAGUUGA